ACAAUGGAACCAUUAAAAGUACACAUACAGUUUGGUGGUGGAGCGGAACUGUUAUUUGAUAAAAUAAAGAGGAGAGAAGUUGAAUUGCCAGCAUUAAAAAAGUAUUACCCAGAUUGCAAGCAUGAAAAAUGGUUGAUAAAAGACCUCCUUGUGUGGAUUAAAGAUAAUCUACUUAAGGAGAGACCGGAGUUAUUUUUACAAGGUGACUCGGUCAGGCCGGGCAUAUUGGUGCUCAUCAACGAUGCGGAUUGGGAACUCUACGGGGAGCUGGAUUAUGAACUGCAACAAAACGAUACCAUAAUGUUCAUAUCUACGUUACAUGGAGGAUAAAUAAAUGAUUAUAUAUUUUGUUUUUUA